GGAUUUCAAAUGCGAAUGGAUCUUGUCAUGUGACGUACCAUAAACGUCACGCGCCCUGGGUUUGUAUAAAAACAGUAGCGCUCGCAUUCAUCCGCAUAGUUACACACGAAGAGGAAGAGAUAUAUAUUCAGAAGAAUUUACACAGACAACAAGCUUUCUUAAAAGAUGCAGAUCUUUGUCAAAACUCUCACUGGCAAGACCAUCACCCUUGAGGUUGAGCCAAGUGACACCAUUGAGAAUGUCAAGGCCAAGAUCCAGGACAAAGAAGGCAUUCCCCCUGACCAGCAGAGGUUGAUCUUUGCUGGCAAACAGCUGGAAGAUGGUCGCACUCUGUCCGACUACAACAUCCAGAAAGAGUCCACCCUGCAUCUUGUGCUGCGUCUCAGGGGAGGCAUGCAGAUCUUCGUCAAAACCCUCACAGGCAAGACCAUCACCCUUGAGGUUGAGCCAAGCGACACCAUUGAGAACGUCAAGGCCAAGAUCCAGGACAAAGAAGGCAUUCCCCCUGACCAGCAGAGGUUGAUCUUUGCUGGCAAACAGCUGGAAGAUGGUCGCACUCUGUCCGACUACAACAUCCAGAAAGAGUCCACCCUGCAUCUUGUGCUGCGUCUCAGGGGAGGCAUGCAGAUCUUCGUCAAAACCCUCACAGGCAAGACCAUCACCCUUGAGGUUGAGCCAAGCGACACCAUUGAGAACGUCAAGGCCAAGAUCCAGGACAAAGAAGGCAUUCCCCCUGACCAGCAGAGGUUGAUCUUUGCUGGCAAACAGCUGGAAGAUGGUCGCACUCUGUCCGACUACAACAUCCAGAAAGAGUCCACCCUGCAUCUUGUGCUGCGUCUCAGGGGAGGCAUGCAGAUCUUCGUCAAAACCCUCACAGGCAAGACCAUCACCCUUGAGGUUGAGCCAAGCGACACCAUUGAGAACGUCAAGGCCAAGAUCCAGGACAAAGAAGGCAUUCCCCCUGACCAGCAGAGGUUGAUCUUUGCUGGCAAACAGCUGGAAGAUGGUCGCACUCUGUCCGACUACAACAUCCAGAAAGAGUCCACCCUGCAUCUUGUGCUGCGUCUCAGGGGAGGCAUGCAGAUCUUCGUCAAAACCCUCACAGGCAAGACCAUCACCCUUGAGGUUGAGCCAAGCGACACCAUUGAGAACGUCAAGGCCAAGAUCCAGGACAAAGAAGGCAUUCCCCCUGACCAGCAGAGGUUGAUCUUUGCUGGCAAACAGCUGGAAGAUGGUCGCACUCUGUCCGACUACAACAUCCAGAAAGAGUCCACCCUGCAUCUUGUGCUGCGUCUCAGGGGAGGCAUGCAGAUCUUCGUCAAAACCCUCACAGGCAAGACCAUCACCCUUGAGGUUGAGCCAAGCGACACCAUUGAGAACGUCAAGGCCAAGAUCCAGGACAAAGAAGGCAUUCCCCCUGACCAGCAGAGGUUGAUCUUUGCUGGCAAACAGCUGGAAGAUGGUCGCACUCUGUCCGACUACAACAUCCAGAAAGAGUCCACCCUGCAUCUUGUGCUGCGUCUCAGGGGAGGCAUGCAGAUCUUCGUCAAAACCCUCACAGGCAAGACCAUCACCCUUGAGGUUGAGCCAAGCGACACCAUUGAGAACGUCAAGGCCAAGAUCCAGGACAAAGAAGGCAUUCCCCCUGACCAGCAGAGGUUGAUCUUUGCUGGCAAACAGCUGGAAGAUGGUCGCACUCUGUCCGACUACAACAUCCAGAAAGAGUCCACCCUGCAUCUUGUGCUGCGUCUCAGGGGAGGCAUGCAGAUCUUCGUCAAAACCCUCACAGGCAAGACCAUCACCCUUGAGGUUGAGCCAAGCGACACCAUUGAGAACGUCAAGGCCAAGAUCCAGGACAAAGAAGGCAUUCCCCCUGACCAGCAGAGGUUGAUCUUUGCUGGCAAACAGCUGGAAGAUGGUCGCACUCUGUCCGACUACAACAUCCAGAAAGAAUCCACCCUGCAUCUUGUGCUGCGUCUCAGGGGAGGCCAUAUUUAAGUUAAUUGUCCAUCUCAGGGAAGGACUUUUAGUAAUCUUUCAAGUCUGCCCAGCUCACAAGCACACUCCACUUUUUUUUUUUAUUUAACCCCCUCUUACCUCCACUACUUUUUCUUAUCACUGAACCGUAUAACUUUUACUAUUUCACCUUUUUUUUUUAUUCUUGAAAUGUCAAAAUAAAAGCAUUGAAACGAGA